GGGGGCGUGGCUCCCCCAAUCCUCUUUCCACCCGCGGCAGAUGUGCUAACGCCCGCUCAGCUGAAUUUGUUGUCUAAGUCAAGCGGCUGCGCUUACCAGGACGUGGGGCUGGCUUGCCCGGAGCGGGACGAAUACCGCACCAUCACCGGCAUGUGCAACAACAGACGCAGCCCCACUCUGGGGGCCUCCAACCGUGCUUUUGCGCGCUGGCUGCCCGCGGAGUAUGAGGACGGCUUCUCGCUUCCCUAUGGCUGGACGUCCGGGGUCAAACGCAACGGCUUCCCGGUGCCCCUGGCUCGCGCGGUCUCCAACGCGAUCGUGCGCUUUCCCACGGACCAGCUGACCCCAGACCAGGAGCGCUCACUCAUGUUCAUGCAGUGGGGCCAGCUGUUGGACCACGACCUCGACUUCACUCCCGAGCCGGCCGCCCGGACCUCCUUCUUCACUGGGGUCAAUUGUGAGACCAGCUGCGUGCAGCAGCCGCCCUGCUUCCCGCUCAAGAUCCCGCCCAACGACCCCCGCAUCAAGAACCAAGCCGACUGCAUCCCAUUCUUCCGUUCCUGCCCGGCCUGCACCAGCAGCAACAUCACCAUCCGCAACCAGAUCAAUGCGCUUACUUCCUUCGUGGACGCCAGCAUGGUGUACGGCAGCGAGGAGCCGCUGGCCAGGAACCUGCGGAACGGGUCCAACCAGCUGGGGCUGCUGGCCGUCAACCAGCGCUUCCAAGACAAUGGGCGGGCCCUGCUGCCCUUUGACAACCUGCACGACGACCCCUGUCUCCUCACCAACCGCUCGGCGCGCAUCCCCUGCUUCCUGGCAGGGGACACCCGUUCCAGUGAGAUGCCUGAGCUCACCUCCAUGCACACCCUCUUACUUCGGGAGCACAACCGGCUGGCCACAGAGCUCAAGCGCCUGAACCCCAGGUGGGAUGGAGAGAGGCUCUACCAGGAAGCCCGGAAGAUCGUGGGGGCCAUGGUCCAGAUCAUUACUUACCGGGACUACCUGCCCCUGGUGCUGGGGCCAGCUGCCAUGAGGAAAUACCUGCCCAGGUAUCGUUCCUACAAUGACUCAGUGGACCCACGCAUCGCCAACGUUUUCACCAAUGCCUUCCGCUAUGGCCAUACCCUCAUCCAACCCUUCAUGUUCCGCCUGGACAAUCGGUACCAGCCCAUGGAACCCAACCCCAGAGUCCCACUUAGCAGGGUCUUUUUUGCCUCCUGGAGGGUGGUGCUGGAAGGUGGCAUUGACCCCAUCCUCCGGGGCCUCAUGGCCACCCCUGCCAAGCUGAAUCGUCAGAACCAAAUUGCAGUGGAUGAGAUCCGGGAGCGAUUGUUUGAGCAGGUCAUGAGGAUUGGGCUGGACCUGCCCGCUCUGAACAUGCAGCGCAGCAGGGACCAUGGCCUCCCAGGGUACAAUGCCUGGAGGCGCUUCUGUGGGCUCCCGGAGCCCAAUACGGUGGGCGAGCUGGGCACAGUGCUGAAGAACCUGGAUUUGGCAAGGAAACUGAUGGCGCAGUAUGGCACGCCCAACAACAUCGACAUCUGGAUGGGUGGCGUGGCCGAACCCCUGGAGCCCAAGGGCCGAGUGGGCCGGCUGCUCGCCUGCAUCAUCGGCACCCAGUUCAGGAAGCUCCGGGAUGGUGAUCGGUUUUGGUGGGAGAACGACGGCGUGUUCAGUAUGCAGCAGCGACAGGCCCUGGCUCAGAUCUCCUUGCCCCGGAUCAUCUGUGACAACACGGGCAUCACCACUGUGUCUAAGAACAACAUCUUCAUGUCCAACAAACAUCCCCGGGACUUUGUCAACUGCAGGACGCUCCCGGCAUUGAACCUGACUUCCUGGAGGCAAUCCUAGAGGCUAGGUGAGGGGGUGCAGCAUUGAGGGGUAUAUCCAGGCUGGCCGGUUAGAACCACAGAGCUCCCCAUGCCCUAGGUGAGCCCAGCCCUGUUCUGGGUGCAGCUGAGUGACUAGUUGUUCAUUUGUGUGCUCAUGUGCAUGCGAAGUAUGUAAAUUGGCAUUUCAUAUGUGUGUGUUGUCUGAACACAGGAAGUGUUUCAGGGACUAUGUGUAUGUGCCUUUUAUGUGAGUGUGUGUUUGUGCUGAUGAAAAUACUGAGUGUGUGGAAGGCAGCAGAGCAGACUGGUGAGGAGCACAGCUCAGGAACUAGACUGCCUGAGUUCUAAUCCUGGCUCUGUGGCUUGCUAGCUAUAUGCAAAUUAUUUGCUAGCUAUGUACAAAUCGCUACCUUGAGCAAAUUACUAACCCUCAUUAAACAAGAGUUUUCUUCCUUGUAAAUUACAUGUCAUGGUUUCUUGGAGGGCCCACUUGAAUCCUCUGGUUCUUCAUUUGUUGAGCACCUACUAUAUGCAAGGCACUGUGCUAGGCGUGAGAAGCAUAUAGAGGCAAGAAAGAGAUAUCAAGAUCCUAUCUGUGUCCUGGUUAGCAGAGCUGGACAGUGAUUCCCUGGUGGGAUGAACCAGCUGCAGCUGGGCUGUGUGGUUGACUUAUGGGCCCAGCCAGUCAGGCUCAGGCCAUGGCUCCCCUUUUUCUUUCUCACCUUGAUUUCUUGCUUAUUCACAGGAGUCCUCCUGAGGAGGAACUGAGCCCAUUGGCCUUUCUGUAGCAUUUAUUUGCCAAUGUUUAUGAUAAUAAAGCCACCUCCAAAGGGGACCUCCA